UCACAAUUCAAUAGAACAACGAUUAGGGCUAUAGAUCAGAGAGAGAGAGAGAGAGAGAGAGAGAGAUGAAAAAAUCGAAUCCAGUAAUGGAGAAGCGCGUGAAGAAGAUACUGAGACACGUGAAGAAACUGCAAGAGGAGAAUGCGGCGAAUCAAAAGUUAAGAAUCGAUAAGAUACUCCGGCAGAUGAACAAAUUGCAACAGGAAUCAGAGGAGAGAGGGAAACUGGAAGCGAUGAAAGAAUGGGGAGAAGAGAAGAGGCUGAAAUUCAUCGAGGAAUCUAAAGAGGAUCCGAAAUUGGAAUAUCAGAAGCAGGCUCUGGCGAGGAAAUUCUGGCCCGAAAGUUAUUGUUAUCACCAAUGUGCCGGUGGUGCAACCACCAUGUACAACCGAGAUUCUACCGAUUCCUACACUCCGCAGGAAGUGCAAAAGGUCAAAAAUUAUGCCGAUACAGCAAUUCGUGUGUUCAACCAAAGACAAGCCGUCGAAUACAGUGUGGUGGACGUAAUCGAAGCAACCAUACGUGUAGUGGAUGGAUUUAUAGUUUAUUUGACGUUUACCGCCAAGCUUGAUGAUGAUGAUUAUGAACACGAUGCCGAAACAUUCGGCGCAACUGUUCACUAUUCGAUCAAAGGUGUCCAAGUUACGUAUGUUGAUUUGUCUUCUACUUAGCUGUUUUUUCGAUCUAAUCUUUGCCUUUUGCGACGUUUUUUUCCUUUUUCUUAAUUAAGUUGCUAUAUAUGUUUCAUGAUUUUUACUGGCUUUCGUUGUUCAUAUCGUUUGCUAUUGGUGGGCAUGUUGAUGAGGACCGUGUGCAUGUGCAACUCUAGUAGUUCAUUCUACUUAGAUCGGUAAAUCUAAAUGUUAAACGAAACAGGGUUUUGUAAUUGUCGAGAAUUGUCAAAUCAUAAUGUACAAGGCUACGUACUCAAAUGAAAUAAAUUGAAAACAAA